AUGAAUAUGAGUUUGAAUUUGAAUUUGUUUCAAUAUUUUGCAAUAUUAUGCUUGUGCUCAGCAAAUCCGAUAGAAAAUAAGACACUACUUCAUCAAUAUCAAAUCAAUAACAACAUAUUGAUAAGCAGCAUCUGUAAAGUUGCAAAUGACAUAGCAGAUCAAAAAAUCUUGACUCAGGACAUUCUCAUCGGAAACCUAGGAGGUCAAUUAAAAGUUUUUGAUGCUAAUGCUUUUCUCAGAUGCAUAAGCUGUCCAGCUGUAAUAUCAGAUUUGACAAUUAAGAUGACCACAAAGCAUUUAAGAAAGGCAUCUCUUGUGAUUUUAGCGAUGAAUAAAACUGAUGUGAGCUCAAUAAUGAAUUUGAUUAAAACUCACCGACGAUCAACAAUUUGGCAUCACAUGGCUAAAAUAAUUUGUGUUGUCUCACCUGACUUAUCUUAUGAGCAGAUUGAGACAAUACUUCAAACAUUCUUUUUAAAUGGACAUUUAAAUGUCGUAGUCGUUUACGAGUCAGUCAAAGGAAUUGUUUAUGAGACUUUCAAGCCCCAUGGAAGAUAUUAUAAAAUAUUAAUGAUGACAAAUCCAAGGAACAGUUUGCAGAUUUUUCAAGAUAAGUUGAAAAAUUUAGAAGGAUUUGAAUAUCAAGUAGCUUCUGUUAACAAUCUUAAUAAUAGUUAUAUUAACUCACUCAUGAUUCAUUUUUUUCAUGCCAUAAAGGAUCAACAAAAUUGUAAUUUUAAGCUAUUGAACCUUCAUAAUCUAACAGUAAUGAAAGAUUAUUGGAGACGUCGUAAAAUGCACUUGCUGAUAAAUGUAGCAACAAUCAUAAAUUCUCCAGAACCAACGUUGAUGACAUAUGAGGAAAAAACAUAUUGUAGAUUAAUUCCAAUUCCUCAAAAGACAUCUUUUGUUCUACGCUUUAUCAUUAAACCUUUUGAUCGAUUUAUAUGGAUAUCAAUUAUAUUUUCAAUUUUAUGUGCUGUUGCUGUCUGGAGACUUUUUCGAGAUUUUGGUGCUGUAGAUUCUCAUUGGAAAGUUGCUAUAGCAAUAUUCAUGAUUUUCAUUGGUCAAGGUCUUAAUUUCUCACGAAGAAAUCGCACUGAGUUGUUAAUUCUACUUCAUUUGAUUUCCAUUUCGUUGUUCAUACUCAGCAAUGCUUAUGAAAGUGUUAUUACAUCAUUUAUGAUUGAUCCAGGUGAACAGAAUUUGAAAACUGUUAAAGAUCUGUUGGAAUCAAACUUUAGGAUUAUUGUCGGUGAAGCAUUUAAAUAUAAUUUUAAAAAUUCCAGUGACUUUUCGUCAAUAAUCAACUCAUUAGAUUUGCCAGAAGAAACAAACGAUGAUAAAAACAUAAUUGAGCAAAAGUACGCCUUCAUAAGACUUUGUGAUGUAGCUAAGCAAAUUUUGAGUUCCCAAAGAUCUAACAAAAAAUUCUGGUCCGAAUAUUAUUACAUUUUGAAUGAAAGAAUUCCAAGUCAAUUUAUUCGCUUAGAAGCUAGCUUCCUCAAUCCAUAUCUUGAACGUUUUCAAUACUUUAUGGACUUAUCAUUUGAAGCUGGAUUACCGCAAAUGUGGAAAGUUUUUGAAUCUCAUCUUAUUUCUAAAUUAAGGAACGUCGAGAUAGAAAAUGAUUUUUUGACAUUAAAGGAUCUUGGACCUGUGUUUUUGAUUGUGUUUAUUGGAUGUACUUUGUCAAUGUUUGUGUUACUUUUUGAAAUUUUUCAUUAUGAAUUUAUUAGACACAUAAGUUGGAGUAGUUCUUAUGAUAAAUGCAGAACAUAUUUUGGUACGAUUCUUUGUAAAAUGGGAAAGAAGCCUAAGAUAAAUGUCAAUAGGAUAUUUGUUCAGCCUCGAGAGUCUGAUGCUCAAUGUGCUGCUAUAAAUUAA